AUGUCGGGGAAGAAAUGCAAGCACUGUGGGUCAUCAGAAAUCGAGGUGGACCCAGCUCGCGGUGAUGCAGUUUGUACGAACUGCGGAACUGUUCUGGAAGAUAAUAUUAUUGUUGCGGAGGUAGAGUUCCAGGAGAAUGCUCAUGGAGGCGCCUCGGCGAUUGGACAGUUCGUAUCUGCGGAAUCUAAGGGCGGCGCUACUGGGUUCGGAAGAGCAUUCAAUGCGGGUAUCGGUCAAGAAUCAAGAGAAGUAACACUUCGUAAAGCAAGAGACGGUAUCACCUCUCUCUGCCAGCAGCUACGUUUGAAUCAGCAGUGUAUAGACAUAGCAUGCAACUUCUUCAAGAUGGCAUUGUCAAGACAUCUCACCAUAGGGCGACCUGCAAAUCACACACAGGCAGCUUGUGUCUAUAUGACUUGUAGAACUGAGGGCACACCUCACCUCUUGAUAGAUAUCAGCGAUGCUCUUCAAAUAUGUUGCUAUCAGCUGGGCCGCACUUACUUUAAACUUUCAAGAACUCUGUGCAUCAAUAUUCCACCUACAGAUCCAUGUCUGUACAUUUUGCGGUUCGCAUCGCAGUUACAAUUUGAAGAUAAACAGCACGAGGUUAGCAUGACGGCUCUUCGAUUGGUGCAGAGAAUGAAGAGGGAUUCCAUACACUCCGGAAGACGACCUUCGGGUAUAUGUGGUGCUGCUCUCCUGAUAGCAGGACGUCUUCACAACUUCUCCCGAACCCCAGCAGAUGUGAUCCGUAUAGUGAAAGUGCACGAGUCAACCCUGCGGAAACGCCUCAUGGAGUUCGGCGAGACCCCUUCCAGUGCUCUUACGCUCGAGGAGUUCAUGACUGUAGAUCUAGAGGAGGAGCAGGACCCGCCUGCAUUUAGAGCUGCUAGGAAAAGGGAUAAAGAACGAUUGCAGAAGUUAAUGGAAGAAGAGGAUGGCGAAAAAGAGCUAACAGAUCUACAGAAAGAGAUAGAAGCACAGUUAGAAAGAGACAACUCGAGAAGAAGACGGGCCGCUGCUGCGACCACCACUUCCAGUGGGUUAGUGACAGAUGAAGGCAUAUCCGAAGAAGCUGAAGCGUCACGAUUCGCAGCGGAAGACACACUGCAUAUCAUCGGCGAGAUCGCCAAGGAUGUACAGCCCAAGAACGAAACCAUGAAGUUCGAAAAAGGACUCGGUACAGACUUAGCUAUAAUUGGCCUGGGUCCGCCAGAGGACAAAACGGACAAGUUCAUAAAACCAGAACCUAAACAUCAGUUCAGCAAAGACUUGCAAGCUGACGAGCUGCUGCUAAGCAACAAGGAUGAGGAAUAUAUCAGCUCGCUCAUCAUGAGCGAAGAGGAGUCCAAGCAUAAGACGCGGUUGUGGCAUCAGAUUAACGCCGGGUAUCUCAAGGAGCAAAAGAUAAAAGAAGAGCAACGCGCCAGAGAUCGGGAAGAAGGUAAAGACAAAAAGAAGAAAUUGCGGGGCACGUACAAGAAGCGCACAGCCAUUAACGCAGCGACUGCAGGAGAGGCUAUCGAGAAGAUGCUAGCAGAGAAGAAGAUCAGUUCUAAGAUCAAUUACGACAUAUUGAAGAGUUUAGACCAACCAGGAACUCCUGUGCCAGACAAGCAAAAAGAAACUCCAGUUGUGCUAGACACCAAACCACUAACACCUACCAAGCCGUCAGUUUCGGCCUCUCCCGCCCGCAAGCGUAAGAAGAAAGCCCCCACAAUCCCCACCCUGAACAUAGCCAGUCCCGUUGCCGCUUCCCCGGCGCCCUCACCUGCUACAACUGCCCCAGCUACGCCUGCACCUGCUACGCCUACACCUGUUACGCCGGCUACACCAGCCCUAACUGACCCUGGCGACGACUACGAGGACGAAGUGGAGGCAGAGCCCACAGACGCGGGACACGAGCUCUCACUAGCUGCCAUGCUGCAAAAUGGACAGGAUGACGACGAUUAUGAUUAUGAUGAUUAUUGAACCAUGAACGAGUAAUUUGGUUCAGCUUGUCAAUUUUGUGAUUAUCUACAAAGCUACUGGCCCCGUAGGUAUAAUAGUAUCUAUAAUAUACUGGCUGAUUCAUGACAGAAUGAUACCGUUAUGGCUACGUGCUUUUCUUGACUCCCUAUUGUAUCUUAAGUCUGUCUCCAAGCUGCAGAGACUUUGUAUCUUCAUUAAAAGUGUUUUUGAUUCGUUAUUUCCAAGAUGAAAAACAAUCAAUACCAUAGACUGAUAGAACAGACUGUUAAAAAAUAGAAAGUGUAUAUAGUUUAAUAAAAAUCCACGGUAAUUGGACUUUUUCAGGUGGCAUCUAUAAAAUAUUUUAAAUUAAAUAUUACCUGUUGUUAUUGAUACAAAAAUCGAACAAAUACAAAGAAAAAUUCCUUCGAUCCAACUGGAUUUGAACCAGGAAGUCUACCACGAAAACUACGUGACUGCGUCCGCAACGAAGCUCGUACAUACUACAUUAUGUCAGUUUUACGAUGAAGGUAAUGUCAAAAUUCGCUACGAAAGCUGUCAUUUGACGUUUCGGAGUAAGGACUUAUGUCAAAUCACGAUCUUAGUACGCGUUUCGUGGUAGCUCCGAUCCGAUUUGAAACUAGGACGAUGAUCAUUGCUUCGUAUGUCGAGGUAGACCUCCAGUGCCUUUUUCCUCACCAUUCUUUGUGUUUUUUCGAAAUAAUAACACGUUAGUGGAGUAUUUUUACAAAAAAAUAUAUGAUUAUCAUGGUAGUAACAGAUUAUGAUAUUCAGUGAAAUAAAUAUAGCAAAUACUUAACUUAUUAAUGUGAACAACU